UUGGUCGGCGGUGGCCAUGUUUGUGUUUCCUACUGGUAGAAACGGACCAGCUAACCGGUUAGCCGUCUGAGCUGCUUUAGCCGCUUUCUUAGGGGUAAAAAAAAAAAUACCGUCCUGCCGUGUCAACCCGUCAGCACCGGCUUCUCUGAAAGUCGUAAUGCCGGUCCACUCACGGGAGAAGAAAGAAAGCAACCACGAAGACAUGGAGGUGGAUUUUCCCGAGCAGGACGGCAGCAGCACAGACGAGGAGGACACCGUUAGCUCGUCGGUGUCUGAAGAUGGAGACAGCUCGGAGAUGGAUGAUGAGGACUGUGAGAGGAGGAGGAUGGAGUGUCUGGAUGAGAUGACCACACUGGAGAAACAGUUCACUGACUUGAAGGAGCAGUUGUAUAAGGAGCGUCUGAGCCAAGUUGACAUCAAGCUGCAGGAGGUAAUGGCAGGCUGUGCCCAAGAGUACCUGGAACCCUUAGCCAACCUGCAAGAGAACAUGCAGAUCAGGACCAAGGUGGCCGGGAUCUACAGGGAGCUGUGCUUAGAGUCGGUGAAGAACAAAUAUGAGUGUGAAAUCCAAGCUGCUUGCCAACACUGGGAGAGUGAGAAGUUGCUGCUGUUUGACACGGUCCAGAGUGAACUGGAGGAGAAGAUACGGAGAUUAGAAGAAGACAGACACAGUAUUGACAUUACCUCAGAGCUGUGGAAUGAUGGAUUGCACUCACGGAAAAACAAGAAAAAAGACCCGUUAUGUCCUGUCAAGAAGAAGAAGCCUGUUGUCGUUUCUGGGCCUUAUAUUGUUUACAUGCUGCAAGAUCUGGAUAUCCUUGAAGACUGGACCGCGAUAAGAAAGGCGAUGGCUUCACUGGGGCCUCACAGGGUGAAGGUGGACGUCCCCGCGGUAAAGCCUGACAGACAUCACCACGUGGCGCGCUCCGAGGACGGCCGGCUUUUCUAUGACAACCAGUGGUACUGCAGGGGACAGGCCAUCUGCAUCAACAGGAAGGACGAGUACCCAACGAGUGCCAUCAUCACCACCAUCAACAACGACGAGGUGUGGUUCAAACGGCUGGAUGGCACCAAGUCAAAGUUGUACAUCUCCCAGCUGCAGAAAGGCAAAUACACUAUCAAACACUCAUAAAAAAAAAAAACCGCACAAACAGUAAAAGACCAUCAUCUGCAUCACUUCUGUGUAUUACUUCCUACAUUCUACUACGCACACACAGACACAUACCUCACUCUGCGUCCAAAACUAAAAAAACAAAACAAAAAAAAAAACGGACAAAUCUCAACUGACCCUUCUGGUUUAAGGAGACGAUCUUCUUGUGUAAAUAUGUAUAUGUAUGUUGAUAGUAAUGACAAGGUCACAAAGUGUCAUUUUCUCUGGAACGGAGAUCAAAGCAAAGUGCUGCUAAAAAACGAAACGGAAGGGAUAAAAACUGAAGCAGUAGCAAACUGUGAACCGCCGAGCUCAGUCGCGUGCCUUUCUGAGACGAGACGAUGCCUCGUUUGAUGUGCAUGGUGGGGAGGGGGGGGGGGGAUAAAGUCCUGAACUAUCAAUGCAGUGAAGCCUUACUCGGUACUUGGUUUGCACCGGGAAGACUAAAGCGGGUCAGAGAACAAAGUGAAUGAGAAACCUUGAUCCAGGUGAAGAGGCUGUGUUUGAUUUGCCUCUUUGGACGGUUAGACUUGAAUUUCAUGCUCCUGCAGAGCCUAAUACAUCUCUUUUGGGAUCCCCAGGGACCCCAGAGCAGCUUUGAUUUAGUACGAAUAUGGAGAUGGAGAAUGAUUAAUCCGUAUAGAGUUGAUUGUGAUAUUCUGAACAUAAUGAGAUGAAGCUAUUCUUCGAGAACACCCCUGGGGUUUGUUGAGACCCUCUUGGGGAGCCACUGUAUUAAAUGAUCUCUUGAUGUUUUACUGUAAUUUUUUUCAGCACUACAUUUUAAAGUUCAGACCAAGGCCAGGCCCGUUCACUAAGCAAAAUAUUACCAUUUUAAACCUGGUGUUGUUCAUGUACUGUUUUGGGAAGUGUUUUAUUUUGGGGGCGAUUCUUCUCUCUGUCUCUUGUCAUGUUGCCAUUUGUCUGACAGUGCCUAGAACUUUAACACUAAAGGCAGGACACAGGCUUUAUUGUAGUCAAGACUGGGAGUUUAAAAAUAAACUAAUAAAUAAAUAAAUAAGCUGUACUCCACAUGUUGGGAAGGUUCCCAUAUUCUUUAUGUGAUAGUUCAUGAGAGCAUUUUUUCCAGCCUUUUUUUGUAUUUGUCCGGCCUAUUUCACCAGUACCUCCUGUUGACCGUCCUCUCCUCUCACUUGCCACUUUUGUCAUCUCCUUUGCCGUCAGUAGAGACGUCCCUCAGCUACAAUGUAUCACGAGUACAAAGAAAACCAUUUUUCAAUGUGUACGAGCCGUCCAGUCAAACUCCCUGUGUGAGUUUGUUCUGUUUGACUGAGCAAAGGCUUUUCAUUGUGUUUACGGUGCUUUGUAUUUUUACCAUUGCGUACGUUUUUUUUUGUUUUUUUUUGCGUGUCACCUGUCAACAGUAUUGUAAAGAGAGCUGCUUAUGUCAGGAACGUAAAGAAACACAUGUCUGAAGCGUUAACAAGAAUCAACUGAGCCUUUGAACGGUUUGUUGCAAACUUGAUUGCUAUUUCUUUCCUUUUCAUGCAUCAUGGUUCAUUUUGCACAUUACAGGUAUAAAUAAAAACAUCGUGCCAAUGCAUGUGCAACUGA